CACCAUCUCUUGUCUAAGUUCUUGCAUGAUGCAUGAGCUUACCUGUGCGGAGCAGCACAAUGGCCAUCUGUUGCCCCACCAUCAAGCGAGCAAAUCUGCAGUUCGCGGUAUACGCGGCCGGCCCGCAGCUGGGCCAUGCUAGGACCAUCCGGGCAUGGACCACCGGAAUCACCCCGACUAGAACUCUAGCCAGGGGUGGAAUCGUCUCGCGUGGUGCUAAAAUGACUGGGCUGGGCAAUAUAUCUUUCCUUCUCUCCCUAGUCCCUAGCUUCAAUCGUAGAGGCUGAGGAAUCGACACAGGAUGGGAUCACAACAAUCGUGGAAAUGGCCCGACAAAAUCAGAUACGCAACCAUAUCCUCGCAAAAAUGGGAAGAAGAACGGCCCGUCUGGACGAGAAUCCAGACCCAGUUCUCGCUCCCGUUCAGCAAAACAGCGGUACAGCGCCCGCCUGACGAGGAAUGGAUCCAGGGUGUCCUGGUUGGAACCUGGACAGCCGGGGGGAUUCUGAUCCUCAAUGUCAUCCUGGCGCUCGUUGCCACGGGCAUCAGCUACUCCAUGACAGCGGACACGCGGAGCUGGAUCUCCGCGGAAGUACACAAUGGGCAUUGUACCCUCUCGAGUCGAUGGGCUACUGGGAUCCAUGUCAUCAUCAACCUCCUGUCCACCGCUCUCUUGGAAGCGAGCAACUAUGCCAUGCAGUGUUUGUCGGGGCCCUCUCGGGCCGAUGUCGACAAAGCACACCGGAAGCGCCGAUGGCUGGAUAUUGGGGUCAUGAGCUUUCGCAACUUCAAAGUCAUGACCGUCAAGCGGAAGAUCCUGUGGCUGGUUUUGCUCCUGAGUUCAGUCCCCAUCCAUAUGAUAUACAACUCGGUGAUUUCUUCAUCCAUCUCGACGUUCGAUUACGGCAUGAUUUUGAUUCCUGACAAUCUGUCACCGACCGAGUCCCUGGUCAGCACGGACGAAGCCAGUGCCUUUUAUGAUGUAGUAGGCAGCACUCCAGAAGUCAUUCGGACCGAAAUCUUCAAUGGCACCUUCCAAAACGUCAGCAAUCUCGAGUGUUUGAAAAAGUACGAUGUCCAAUUCAACACGCACCUGGGCACACUGAUUUUCGUGGCCGAGAGGCAGUACUUUGCCAAUGACAGCAGCUUGCAAGCCUCGCUGUAUUAUGGCUCUUCGGUAUAUGACUACGUUAAGACCGUUGGGAAGAGCCGGGCAGAAGCGGCCAUCGACGAGGGUCACUGGAUGGCCGCGGGUAAAGCGUGGGACUUCUACGACGACUACAAUGAAGACCCCAGCAUCCCCAUCUCCCACUGCAUGCAAAAAACCAUGACCCAGCGGUGUAGACUUCUCUUCAGCCCCUCCAUCGCUCUCGCCGUGAUUCUGUUCAACCUCGCCAAGGUGAUAUGCAUGUAUCUGACGGCGAAAACGGACCGCUCCGAGAUCUUCUUGCGGGUCGGCGACGCCGUAUCCUCAUUCCUGGCCAAUCCCGAUCCCACCACGGAAGGCCGUUGCCUCAUGUCUCGGAAAGACAUGACCCGGGGACCCUAUCGAUGGGAGCCCGUUCCCCGUUGGAAGAGCUUCGUCCGGCGCCAAAUCCACCGUUACCGCGCAGAAACCCAUCCCAUGUUAGAGCCAGCCCCCUGCUCUCAAGAGACCGCGCCGAGAAAGUUGCCCACUCGAAAACGAUGGUUCCAAGCAGCCACUAAAACCCGCUGGGCCACGGCCUUGAUCAUGUUCUCUCUCUGCAUCUUAGUGUCCAUUUUCAUCGAACUGCUCAUUAGCUCCGACGGCUGGUCCCUCGCCGAGCAAUGGCGUCUAGGAUUCGGCAAAGCCAACUCCAAAACCAACAUCGAGUUCCCCAUAACCAACAUGAUCUUCCUCGUUCUGAUCAGUAACUCGCCCCAACUCGUCUUCUCCAUCCUCUAUUUCCUCUGCAACACCCUCCUCUCCUGCAUGCUCGUCACCGCCGAAUACAACGACUACGCCAUCCACCGCAAACCCCUCCGCGUCUCCUGGCCCCAAGGCGAACAACGCUCCACCUACUACCUCUCCCUCCCCUACCGCUACGGCAUCCCCUUAUUCCUCCUCUCCGUCACCCUCCACUGGCUCCUCUCCGAAAGCUUCUUCUACGUCAACAUCACCGCCUACGAUAUCUUCGGCCACCUCGACCAAGCCGAAUCCACCCGCGGAUGCGGCUUCUCCCCCUUCGCCAUCUUCCUCAUCCUCAUCCUCGAGGGGGUCGUGUUGUUCACCCUCCUCACCCUCGCCAUUCGCCCCUUCAAAUCCCCCAUGCCCAUCGCCGCGCAUUGUAGCGCCGCAAUCAGCGCCGCGUGUCAUCCGCCGUCUGGAGAUCGCGACGCGGGCCUGAAGGCCGUGAUGUGGGGUGAAGUUGCGUCGAAUUCAGCAGACGAUGGUCUCUUCCCGGUGGAUCUGACAACGAGUCAUGACACUGGAACUGAAGCGGAAUCGGAAGCUGCCGUUGGACUCGUAUCCAAGACUACAUAUCCUCAUUGUACUUUUACUUCCAAGGAGGUGACGAUGCCUCGGACGGAUCGGUUAUAUCGGUGA